UGACAGGUCAGAGUCCAACUUUCUUCUAAGUUUAUUAAAAGUUUAAAUUAGAUAUUACUCUAGUUUUUAAUUUACAUUAAUUGUUGUAGAAGUCUCCGUCGUGUCCAGUGAUAAUCGGCAUUAGUUUUCCGGCAGCCAUGGCAUCUCAAAUAUCGAAAUCUUUACUGAAAGUUUCCCACGUUAGCUCCACGGCUAAAUUCGACACCGCUAGACGGGCUCUGAGCGUUGGAGCAGCCUUACAGCAGAAGAAGAAGUCGCUGCCGGACCGCACUGGCAAGAAUGUGGUCCUCGUUGACGGAGUACGAACACCAUUCUUGGUGUCCUUUACGGACUAUGCCAAGAUGAUGCCCCAUGAACUCGCCAGACAUUCCUUGUUGGGUCUUCUCCAAAAAACCGGGAUAUCCAAGGAUCUGAUCGACUAUAUCGUCUACGGCACGGUCAUCCAGGAGGUGAAAACUUCCAACAUCGGCCGCGAGGCGGCGCUGGCGGCGGGCUUCAGUGACAAGACGCCUGCCCAUACCGUUACCAUGGCCUGUAUUUCUUCUAACCAGGCUAUUACUACUGGCGUGGGUAUGAUCGCUGCGGGCGCCUACGACAUCAUCGUGGCCGGUGGCGUGGAGUUCAUGUCGGACGUGCCCAUCCGUCACUCGCGCAAGAUGCGGUCCCUGUUGCUGCGCCUCAACCGCGCCAAGACUCCUGCGCAGCGCCUCUCCCUCAUCGCCUCUAUUAGACCUGACUUCUUCGCGCCUGAGCUCCCAGCAGUAGCAGAAUUCUCUUCCGGCGAGACCAUGGGCCACAGCGCAGACAGGCUGGCGGCCGCGUUCGGUGCCUCCCGACAGGAGCAGGACGACUACGCGCUGAGGUCCCACAAGCUCGCCCACGAGGCACAGCAGAAGGGCUACUUCACUGACCUCAUGCCCGUCAAAGUGGACGGCAAAGACGGCGUGGUGGACAAGGACAACGGCAUCCGCGUGUCGACGCCGGAACAGCUCGCCAAGCUGAAGCCCGCCUUCAUCAAGCCGCAUGGCACUGUCACCGCCGCUAACGCCUCGUUCCUGACUGACGGUGCUUCAGCCUGCCUGGUGAUGUCGGAGGCGAAGGCCAAGGAGCUCGGCCUCAAGCCCAAGGCGUACCUGCGUGACUUCACUUACGUCGCUCAGGACCCCGUCGACCAGCUGCUGCUUGGGCCCGCGUACGGUAUCCCCAAGAUCCUCGACAAAGCUGGGCUCAAGAUGAGCGAUGUCGACACCUGGGAGAUUCACGAGGCCUUCGCUGGUCAAAUCUUGGCUAACUUGAAGGCUAUGGACUCUGACUGGUUUGCGCAGACCUACCUGGGUCGUCAGACUAAGGUGGGAGCUCCGGACUUGGACAAGUGGAACAAGUGGGGAGGCUCGCUCUCUAUCGGACAUCCCUUCGCCGCCACCGGGGUCCGUCUAGCAAUGCACACAGCUCACCGCUUGGUCCGUGAAGACGGUCAGUUUGGAGUCAUCUCGGCCUGCGCCGCCGGAGGCCAGGGCGUCGCCAUGAUCCUCGAGAGGCACCCCGACGCCACAUGCAACUAAACUAUCAUUACACACACGUAGCCAGGACAAAACAUGCCAAACACGGGAGAUUUUAAUUUUCCAUGUGGCAAUACCAAAAAUAUGGCAACAUUAAAAAUAUAAUUAUAGAUUUUCGUUAAGUAAAAGUGUUCAUGCUACGUUUUAAAGCUCCUGGCCACGUUUCUAAAUUUAAAAAAAAACUGCACAAUGCAAGCGAAUGGUACCGUGAAAAUGCGAGAAGUGUAAACUAUCGACUCCUUUGUACUGCCCGGAUAAAAUAUAUAAAAAAAAAACUAAAGCCAAUGCCACUUCCAGUAACUUAUAACUAGUAACUCGAUAAGUCUCAUGUACGACAAUAUAUAAUAAAACCUGCUCGAAAUUGUAUAAAAUUCCGUUCUUGAAAACUAUUUUUAUACAUAUAACAUUCGUAUGGUUAUUUAAAUUUUGAUAUAUAUAUUUAAUUUAUUCACUAAUGUGUUGUAAUCUGUUAGUUUGAUAGCAUGCGUGUAAGGUAUGUCCUGAUAUUUAUUUCAUAAUCAUUAGUUUUAAGAGUACAUUAUAUAUCUCUGAUGAUUUACUGUUAUUAAAAUUUAUUAGAAAAUUGGAAA